AUGACGACCACAUCAGCGACAGCAGCGGCGUCCUCUUCCGUCGCAGACGAGAGGCUCCACGCCUGGAGUCUCCAGUACGUACGUUUGAAAGCCAUCGUUCUCCUGAUGCGCUCCCUCAAUUCGCUUCGUCCACUCCUACAUGGUUCACAACCACCGCUUCCUCACGCUUUCGAACGUCACAUCGUAGACUUGCCAUCACGCCAAAGCGGUCGCACCAUCAAGGCUCACAUCUACCGCAGCAAGCACGUUGCCCCAUCUCCCGAUGGCGUCGCUGCUCCCUUGCCUGUUCACGUCAGCUGGCACGGGUCUGGCUUCGUCCUGCCCAACCUCGGCGACGAUCACGCCUACAUCGUCCACCUUCUCCAAACACUCGGUCCCAAUUGCAUCCUGGUAGACGCCGACUACCGCAAAGCUCCCGAGCAUCCCUUCCCUGCAGCCAGUCACGAUGCCCAGGACGUUGUCAAUUACAUCCUCUCACAACCCAACGUGUACGACGCCGAUCGCAUCACCCUCGGCGGCUUUUCUGCAGGUGGCAACCUCGCCCUUGUCGUCGGCGCACAGCUCGGUCCACAACGCAUCGCAGGUAUCGCCGCACUAUACCCUGCCGUCGACUUUACCGUAAAACCAGGCGACCGCAGCCUCCCCACAAAAGAUCGUCCUGCCAGCGGCUUCCCCCUCCCGUCGUGGAUGAGCAACGUCUUCCUCGAUUCCUACUUUGUCCGUCAGGAGGACAAGCGUCAUCCGCUUUGCAGCGUCUACUUCCUCGACGCUGCCCGGUUCCCGCCCCUCCUCCUCGCCUCCGGUCAGGUCGAUUACCUCUGGCACGCCUCCAACAAGCUCGUUCGCAAACUCAAGGACGCAGGAAGGAACGACGCCCGCUUCAUCAGUGUCGAAAAGGAAGGCCAUGGAUUCGACAAGCUUCCACGCGGUCCCGAAUCUCGUCAACGGAGGGACUACGUCUACUCCGAAUUCGCCAACUUUAUCCGCGACUCGUGGUCACGCACAUCUGCUCAACGGAAAGCUCAGCUCUAG